CGCCACUUUCUCUUCACGACACUGCUACCGCAUCUAGCCUCUCGUAAUGAACACUUUCCAGACUUUACCGAUCACAAUACGUGAGCAGAUCUAUCAAGAGCUGCUCACCUACACUCCAGCUGUAUACGACGAGCCGUACUACUCAGAGGCUCAGAUGGGAAGUAUCGAAACUUCAAGCACCAAGGGCUGCUGCUUAGAUGUACCUCCCCAGGCGUCCGCACCCUCAUCGCCGUUAUGUAAACUGCUCACAUUGAGCCGACAAAUUAACGCAGAGAUCUUCCAGUUUUUGAGACGUCAACUGUGCGUGGUUGUCAAGAGCAAUCACCCAUGGUUUAUCCGGAGCACAUUUGACAAAAGAUUGCCCGUGUUGCGUGGACAGGAUUCCCGCGACCAUCUUAUGGAGUGCCCGCGCGUACCACUUAUCUCACAACUGCAAUCUUGCGAUGAGACAGUCAAGAAGGACUUUUCAGGUUUUCCUGUGGCAAUGGAACUCGAAUUCCACGUACCCUGUUCCAUGCGCAACCGCUAUCCUAUGGAGAAUACGUCGUGUUUCUUAAUGCCAGCUUCGAGCUUGCCGAUUUUGAUCCUAAUUGGCAAACAUGGUAGCAGUCGCGGGCGGUGUAGAGACACUUCUCUAAAUGUGUCGCUUUUCGAGACAUUCUCACACACGCACGAACGAGCCCAGGAGAUACUCAUUGACCCUCUGCUGGUUCCCACUUCCGCCCGCGCUAGAUUCUUCAUUGUCAGCACCAAUAACAUGAUCACUUCUCCUUGGGCCAUGAAGUUAAGGGAGCACCUGAUGGGAGAACGGCCUGCUAGUUACUAUCUUGACCAUCUGGACACUACCAAGUACGCCCGUAUGGCUUAUGUAUAUCUUUUCGACUACAUACGCAACGACACAUCGGAAUACGACACAGUGCAUGAAUUAUGGCUUCGGACUUGCGAACUCGCUGCAACAGAAAUACAGACCCUCUGCCAUCGCGCAGGUGUCUUUGAACCGAAAGGGGAGGGCUCAACGGGUUUACCCAGGAACGAGAGAAGUAUCGCAACUCCAAGAACCUCAGCGAGCUCAUCUGACAGUACGGCAUUGCUCCAGAAAGCGCGCAAGGUUUCUGAAGAGAUGACCAUCUUCUUAUCGAAUAAGGUAAGUUCUGGCUGUACGAACUGCAUGUGAGACAUACACUGACUUCGCACGUCUACCUCUGCAGCCCAUGUGUGCGCAAGAAACGUCGCUAGCUUCAGAGAGGGUGCAGCUACCAAUUAGCAAGCACAAAUCUCUGUUGAGCUUCAGGGCACAUAUCGUUUGCAAAGCACUUGGGGAUAUAGACGCCGCCAUUGGAUACCUCGAGGAAGCGAUCAAAUAUGACCCUAACUGUGCAGAGAGCCCAGUGGACCGACCCCAACGUAGAUCCAUUAAUGGUCUACCUCCUGUUUGGAUGAGACUUCGACUAGUUUGGAGGCGACCGCAGAAUGGCGAAGCAUACCUAGUAAAGCAUCCAGUGCCAAUGCUGGACGAACUGAAAGCC